CUGCCAGUCCGGAACGGAUCACAGUCAAAACACAGCGCUUGUUUUGUUGGGACUCAUUUUAGCCGAACACCUGUUCUGCUGAGCUGAUGCAAGUUGAAUGAGGAGACAACCUGCUGUCAAAAGAAUAUAACGGUAUUUUCCAGACAGAAGAUGACUGAGUGUCAGGGAGACGGCGCAGGAGGGAUCACCCCAAUGGAGCUCUACCACAAACUGUCGGAACAAGGGGACAAUGUCCGAGCUCUGAAAUCAGAUAAAGCUCCUAAAGCUGACGUUGAUGCUGCUGUGCAGCUGCUACUGCAGCUAAAGCUGGACUACAAACUGCUGACAGGCAAUGACUACAAACAGGGCAGCCCUCCCACUGAGGCCUCAGUCACCCAGGACAAUGGGCCCCAGGAGGACGGGGAGGACCAAGUGGACCCCUGGAAUGUCACUACCAGCAAUGCCAAGGGAGUGGACUACGACAAGCUCAUAGUGCGGUUCGGCAGCAGUAAGGUUGACCAGGAGCUGGUGGACAGGAUUGAGAAAGUCUCGGGGCAGAGAGCUCACCGCUUCCUACGCAGAGGCAUCUUUUUCUCACACAGAGACAUGCACCAGGUGCUGGACGCUUAUGAGAAGCAGAAGUCUUUCUACCUGUAUACAGGAAGAGGCCCCUCCUCAGAGGCCUUGCACAUGGGGCACCUCAUCCCCUUCAUCUUCACCAAGUGGCUGCAGGAUGCGUUUGACAUCCCCCUGGUGAUCCAGUUGACGGAUGAUGAGAAGUACCUGUGGAAGGACUUAUCUCUGGAGGACUGCCACCGGUACGCAGUGGAGAAUGCCAAGGACAUCAUUGCCUGCGGCUUCGACGUUGACAAAACAUUCAUAUUCUCUGACCUUGACUACAUGGGGGCAUCUCCAGACUUCUACAGAAACGUGGUCAAGAUCCAAAAACACGUCACGUUCAACCAGGUCAAAGGGAUCUUCGGUUUUACAGACAGCGAUUGCAUUGGAAAGAUUAGCUUCCCUGCCAUCCAGGCUGCUCCAUCCUUCAGCAACUCUUUCCCUCAGAUCUUCAAAGGCAGGAAAGACGUCCAGUGUCUCAUCCCUUGUGCUAUUGAUCAGGACCCCUACUUCAGGAUGACCCGUGACGUGGCUCCCAGGAUCGGGUACCCCAAGCCGGCGCUGCUCCACUCCACCUUCUUCCCCGCGCUUCAGGGAGCUCAGACCAAGAUGUCGGCCAGUGACGCCAACUCCUCCAUCUUCCUCACAGACACACCCAAGCAGAUCAAGAACAAGGUGAACAAGCAUGCUUUCUCGGGGGGACGGGACACAGUGGAAGACCACAGGAAGUUUGGAGGGAACCCGGACGUAGAUGUUUCCUUCAUGUACCUCACUUUCUUCCUGGAGGACGACGAACAGCUGGAGAAGAUCCGACAGGACUACACCAGUGGAGCUUUGCUAACAGGGGAGUUGAAGAAGAUACUGAUUGAGACACUGCAGCCAAUGAUUACUGCUCACCAGGAGAGGCGUAAACAGGUCACAGAGGAGACAGUGAGAAAGUUCAUGACACCCAGACCUCUAAACUUCCAAUAUUAACCUCUGGCUAUCCUGUUAAUCAUCUGCUAAAUGCCUGUGCUUUUAGAAGAAGCUAAGUUAAUCUGCGUAAGGGUCUGUUUUACCUCAGACGGUCACUUCCUGUUUGGCCAGGAAGUCUGAAAGGACUGAUCCCAACACUGAAUGAAGCUGCAUGUCCAACUCGGCUCGCCUUUACAUCACAUGCUGACCACAACAGGGACAGGAUGAUGCCAGAUAAUGGCUAAUGUGUUGCUGUAUACAGAUUUGCCAACUGCAGCUCAUUGUCACUGCAGUAUCUGGAAUGGAAACAUUUCAGCUCAACAAAGCAUGGGAAGAAAAACAACACUUUUGUGAAUAAAACAAUAAUGUCUGGUCUUGUGAUUGCAGUUUUUUAUCAAAU